AUGGGCAUUGCUGGCACCGAGCUGGGGAUGCCGAGCUGCGCCAUGGUGUCCUGGACACACCAGGUCUCCGUGCUGGACCCAUCCCCUGGAGCAGCAAUGAAGACUGAGUCGGGACUGGCCCCCAGGACCCCCGCUGCCACCCCUGGCCCUACUAGCCGCCCACCCUGGGCUGUGGACCCUUCAUUCGCCGAGCGCUAUGCCCCAGACAAGACAAGCACGGUGGUGAGCAAGCACAGCCAGCCGGCCACACCGAACCCCAUGCAGAACCGCAGCUCCAUAGUGCAGGCCGCCCAGCAAGCCCCUACGGGCCCCAGUGUGGCUGACAUGGCUCUGUCCUGCAGAGGACGCUACCUGGUGGCGCUGGGACAUUAUUACCACCCCGAGGAGUUCACCUGCUGCCAGUGCAGGAAGGUGCUGGAUGAGGGUGGCUUCUUCGAGGAGAAAGGCUCCAUCUUUUGCCCCAAGUGCUAUGACACGCGCUACGCGCCCAGCUGCACCAAGUGUAAGAAGAAGAUCACCGGGGAGGUCAUGCAUGCACUGAAGAUGACCUGGCACGUGCAGUGCUUCACUUGUGCUGCCUGCAAAACUCCCAUCCGCAACCGUGCCUUCUACAUGGAGGAGGGACAGCCCUACUGUGAGAGAGACUACGAGAAGAUGUUUGGCACCAAGUGCCGUGGCUGCGACUUCAAGAUUGACGCUGGGGACCGGUUUCUGGAGGCGCUGGGGUUCAGCUGGCAUGACACUUGCUUCGUCUGUGCGAUCUGCCAGACCAACCUGGAAGGGAAAACGUUCUACUCCAAGAAGGACAAACCGCUCUGCAAGAGCCACGCUUUCUCCCAUGUGUGAGGGGUGGGAG